CAAAUUCAGCCAUGACACUAAGACUGAUAUCACGACCUUAUUAGGGAAAUCAAAUCCCUCAAGAAAUAGUCGGUACAGUUUAAAAUCACAAAACUUCUCUUUAAUUUUUAUCAUUCUACUCAGCAUACGAACAAAGGCAUGUUGUUUGCUCUGGGAAUGCUAAGCAUCACCUAUGCACAGUGGGACUUUCCAAGAUGUUUUGUUGUUUUAAAGAAUUACUAUUGAGAACGUUGAUUCGAAGAAUUGUUGCUCGAUUCUCUCGUAGCUUGCAGGCAUCCUCCAUAACACGGAAGUAGUAGCAAAAUGGAGGGAGGAGAAGAGAAAAGCUGGGGCGAGAGAGUGGCUGAGCUGGUCUACGCCAAGUAUUAUUCUCUGCCAAAGAAGGGAAAACCCCAAGGCCGGGAGGCCACUGUCCUUGCAGCAUUUCUACUCUCUACUCCCAACAAUGAAUUAAAUGUUAUUUCAUUAGGAACUGGAACUAAGUGCCUUGGGCGUUCACACAUGAGCCCAGCUGGAGAAGUCAUCAACGAUUCACAUGCUGAAGUGAUAGCAAGAAGAUCUCUUGUCAGGUUUUUCUACUUGGAAAUUGAGCGUCUUAAUAAAAUAUAUAGUAGCACUUCCAGGCAUCAGGAAGAUACAAAUCAAGUUGCAGUAGAUUCAAUUUUUCAACUGGCUUCAAGUGAUAGGAGGGGUCUAAAAUAUAAAAUAAGGUCGGGAGCACAGCUUCAUUUCUUUGUCAGUCAGCCUCCUUGUGGAGAUGCAUGCAUUAUAUCUCCAAGAUGCUUAAUGAAACUUCUGCACUCUGAUGCACUUGAUCUUCAAAAUUCAUUCCAAAACUCGAGUAGUCCACAGGAAAAGUCAAAGAGGCAUAAACGUGAAAAUAAGCAGAGCAUUUCAAUGAAGAAAUCUCAAGGUCAAAAUGAAGAUUCUCCAAAAAACCAAUUUAUUGAACCUACAAAAGUAUCAGAUAUUCCAAAGCAACCACAACUAUCUUUGUUAAUUCGGAAACAGACUGGUGCAAAACUUGCACACCUUGAAGUUGGGAUUGGAUGUGAAGAAGCACGUGCUGCAGAACAGCAGAACCGUGGGGAUCAUAUCUUUAGCCAAAAUGGGAGCAAAUUUGUGAUUGAUAGGGAUAUUCAUGUCAGCCAUCAAGUUUCUGGAUUUGAAGAUGACCAUGUUAGGGGGAAUUAUUUGGAUUCUGUACAUGCUUUGCAAGCUAUUGGAAUGGUGAGGAGAAAACCUGGACGUGGAGAUGCUACUUUGUCGAUGAGUUGUUCUGAUAAGAUAGCUCGUUGGAAUGUGCUUGGCCUGCAAGGGGCUCUUCUCUCACAUUUCUUAAUAGAACCAGUUUAUUUAUGCUCAAUAACAGUUGCUAGUUUAUCUACUAAAGGUUGCAUUAUUGAACCUUCUAGCAUGGAGGCAAUAUCGUUUGAAGACCCAGUAAAGAGAGCUGUGCGCGAUCGAGUGAUCCCCCUCUCUGAUAUGUUGCCUGCUCCUUUCAUAGUAAACAGUCCAAUUUUUUGGAAGGCUCCAAUACCACCAGUGGAGUUCCAUCAAUCUAUUGAUGAUCUUUCAAAUUUGAAAUGCGGAUAUUCUAUUUGCUGGAAUGCAUUGGGUUUGCAUGAAGUAGUUCUUGGAACAACAGGUAGAAAGCAAGGGACAUCAGCGAAGGGAGCCCUAUCUCCAGCUACAAUGUCAUUUUUAUGCAAGCGGGCGCUGCAGGAUUUGUUUAUCUCUUUGCUUCAUAGAUCAGAUGGCAAUUUGAACUUUUCUCGACUUUCUUAUCAUGAAAUGAAGGUACAGGUACACUUCACAGAGCACGACACAUCUUAUCAAUUCAUUUUAGACCUAGAAACUUUUGAAGACUCCAUCCGUAUCAUUCGUGCAUUCGUGAAACAAUCAUCAUCAAGCAUCUUUAGAGAUUCAAGGCUGCAUAUCCAUCAUUCAAGCAUUGUGGAGCAAAGUUACAUCAAUCUUCAUGCAAUCCUUAGAUCUCAGCCCGGAAAUAUAAUACUGCUUUGGAGAUUUUUCGCAGUAGUUCCUCACCUUUUGGAGAUUGGUCAAUCAAGCCUGCUGAGCUACAAUUAUUUACCAGGGAUUGACACUAGCUUUUUAAAAGGAUUACGGAAUUUAUAAGUUAUUUAUCUUUUUCUAUAUGUAAUCUUCUGAUCAUGCGAAUGGAACUGAUGGAACCAAAUAAGUUUAAGCUAAAUCUAGAGACUUUAACUGGACGUUUUAAGUGUGGCACCUGUUGCUGGAAACUGUGCUCCUGAACAAUUCGUCCCUUGUAUUGCAUGAUUGAUGGAAGAAGCCUCAAUUGACAGUGCUCAAGGAGAUGAAUUUCAAUUUUUGGCCCCGGUGCAUUUUAUUCCACAUGGCUUACUUGAUCUCAAAAAUCAGGUCAAAGCCUACUGGAUCAUUAGGGUCACAGUGUUUCAUGGUUGUUGGAGUGUUGAUGAAGAGCAAGGAGAGAAUUUGUCAACAAUAUGGAGAAAAGGAGCUAUGUUGAUCGCUGAGGAUGAUUAGGGAUGGUAUGGAACAUUUUGUGGAAGUCUUCGAUCAAUGUUAUAAACCUCAAAAUGAUCUGGAAAACUUGUUUUGGCAAAAUCACCACUUGUCACUAGUGGGGAAUGUGCAGACGACAUGGUGGUUGUGAACUCUCUAAUGUGGCGAUCUUGUGAAAACGACAGCAUAUGGAUGAAUACCUUGGCAAUAGCUCCAAUGUGCCUGUGAAUGCUCAAAAGAAGCAUCAUGUCAUAACCCUUCUUUGGACA